AAUAUCCAUCAUUCCAUUCAUUCUCUUCAUCUUCACCUUCAACACAAUCCAACUUUCGACAACAAGAUGGGAGGAGAAAAUAUUCAACAGAAGAAAAUUAAGGUUGUUAUGAAAUGCUCAAAACUGCUCGAGUUAGCAGCUGCCGAUGAUGUUUCCUCGUUCGUGUCCGAGGUUGAACAACAUAAGAUGAAUGUUGAUGACGUCAGUUUUUGGUACGGAAGAAGAUUUUCAUCUAAACUCAAGAUGGGGUUUGCACACCGAACGCCGUUAAUGAUUGCGUCACUGUACGGUAGCAUACAAGUGGUAAAAUACUUAAUCAGUACCAAAAACGUUGACGUCAACAAAACCUCCGGUACUGACGGCGUUACCGCCCUCCACUGUGCCGCCGCCGGCGGGUCUCUAACGUCCGUUGAAGUCGGGAAGCUGUUAGUUAACGCCGGUGCUGACGUCAGCGUACAAGAUGCUGACGGGAGCAAACCCGGUGACGUCAUUGCUCGGGGGGUAAAAUCGUCUGUUAGAAAAGGUUUGGAGUUGAUGUUGAAAGGUUUUGUGUUGGAGGAAGCUGUGCCGGUGAAAAAGGAAUAUCCGGUUGAUGCAUCGUUACCGGAUAUUAAUAAUGAAUUGUACGGAUCUGAUGAGUUUCGGAUGUAUAUGUUUAAGGUUAAACCGUGUUCGAGAGCGUACACUCAUGAUUGGACUGAGUGCCCGUUUGUUCACCCGGGCGAGAACGCGCGUCGGCGUGAUGUUAACAAGUUUAAUUACAGUUGUGUCCCGUGCCCGGAGUUUCGGAAAGGAAGCUGCGUGCACGGAGACGCGUGUGAGUAUGCACACGGGGUGUUUGAGUCUUGGCUUCACCCGGCUCAAUACAAGACCCGGUUGUGUAAGGAUGAGACUGGUUGUGCGCGAAAAGUGUGUUUUUUCGCGCACAGGGUGGAUGAGUUGAGGCCUCUGUAUGCCUCAACUGGUUCUGCUAUUCCUUCACCAAAAUCAGGGUCUGGGUCUGUGAGUUCCAUUGAAUCGGGCUCGAUGAGCCCGAUUCAAAACUCCAGCCCGAUGGUUAUUGGUUCCACGCCACCCAUGUCACCGUCGGUUUCUCCGGUGAACGGGUGGCCAAACCAGAACAAGAUGAACCAGUCACCGCCGACGCUGCAGCUCUCUGGUAGCCGUUUGCGGACCGCUUUGAAUGCGCGAGACCUCGAGUUGCAAAGCUUAAGAGCUCAACACCAACAAAGACAACAAUUGAUUGAUGAUUUGACUGCCAAUAUUUACUCCAAUAAGUUCGGAGAAUUAACUCCUUCCAAUCUUGAUGAUAUUUUUGGCUCUUUUGAUCCAUCUUUAUUAUCAUCAUCAACCCAAUUACAAUCUCCAAGCGAUCUCCGCGGAAACUACUCGCCUUCCCCAAUGCGAAAACCCGCAAAUUUCGCUUUUGAUUCAUCCGCUGCGGUUGCUCAAGCAGUGAUCAAUUCAAGGUCCGGUGCAUUCUCAAAACAACGCAGUCAAAGCUUCAUUGACCGCGGUGCGGGGCCCGUAGGCGGACCAAUAUCGCAAUGGGGUUCGCCUGAUGGGAAACUGGAGUGGGGGUUUAAUGGAGAAGGGGCUAAUAAGUUUAGAAAGUCUGCAUCAUUUGGGUUGAGAAAUGGUUUGCCUGUGAGUGUUGGUCAUGAGCCAGAUGUUUCAUGGGUGAAUACAUUGGUUAAAGAUGUUUCAUCGGUUGGAGUUGGGUUGUAUAGUUCGUCGGAGAAACAAAGGUACGGCGGCGGUGGUGGUGGUGAGAAACUGCCGCAAUGGGUGGAGCAGUGUUUAUAGAGAGGAGUGGAUUGGUGGAAAAAAAGCAAAGCUAGCAUUUUGCCAACAUUUGGAAGUAGAUUUCUUCUUUUUUUAUUCUUUUGUUAUUUUUACAUUUGAGGUAAUUUUAUUCUUCGUAGUUUAUGUUAUAUAACAAAGCUAGCAUUUUGCCAACAUUCCUAGUUUAGUAGCAUAACUUUUAGCUCUCAACAAAGUGGUUACUAAAUUCUAAUGUAAUGAUAUAUAACAAAGAUCAACACGAUUUCUUUUUAAGAUACUACUAA